GGUAACAGCUGCCUUCACUGAGCUCCUCCACUGCCCCAUUUCCACGUCCUACUCCCUCCUGGAAGCUCCUCUCCCCCGAACUCUCCCUGUGCCAUGGCCAACGCCGGCUUGCAGCUGCUGGGCUUCACCCUGGCCUUCCUGGGGUUCAUCGGGACCAUAGCAUCCACAGUGAUGGUGGAGUGGAAAGCCUCUUCGUAUGCGGGGGACAACAUUAUAACAGCUCAAGCUCUUUACGAGGGACUGUGGAAGACGUGUGCCUCCCAGAGCACCGGGCAGAUCCAGUGUAAAGUCUAUGAUUCACUGCUGCAGCUGCCAGGGAUCGUGCAGGGCACCCGCGGGCUCAUGCUGGCCUCUGUGCUCUUCUCCUUCAUUGCCAUGAUGGUGGCCGUGGUGGGCAUGAGGUGCACCACUUGUAUGGCAGAUUCUCCACAGCAGAAGGACAAGGUGGCUCUGGGCGGAGGAGUGGUCUUCAUCAUUGCAGGGCUCAUGGCUCUGGUUGGAACUUCGUGGUACGGGCACAGGGUGGCACAGGACUUUUACAACCCCUUCACUCCCACCAACGCCAAGUAUGAGUUUGGGAGUGCGCUGUACCUGGGCUGGGGCGCGGCCUGCCUCAGUCUCAUCGGAGGGGCUUUCCUUUGCUGUAACUGCUCCGGACAGGGCAGCUCCGGUAAGACGCCCCGCUACCCCCCCACCUCCUCGGGGCAGGGAGGCCGGGACUAUGUCUAAGAGGGUCUGUGUCAACAAAGGGACUGAUUUGCAACGUCAAGGUUUUAAAGGUAGCGCUGUGUAUCUUUUCUGCUGGAGGGUCCAUCACCUGCUUCUAUUGCCUGGAAUGUUCCUGAGAAUGGCAUUACUUUGGCUCUGGUUUUGAUUCUGUGUAACUCCUCUGUGUUUUGUGUAGUUUUCUGUCACCUUCCUAUAGUGAGUCAUAUUUACACUCUUAUUACAGAUGCCCGUCACUGUCAAAUAAAUAAAACAACAAUGACACUUAUUUAUCUCUACCAAGAUAGCAGAUGACACCACAGGGCCAAGUUACAUGUCAGAUCUGUGGAGAGACAAGCCCAUGCACAGUCAGAAUGCAACUUUUAGGUCAAUAAAAAAAUCCAUGUUAUUGAGUAAACACAAGAGGGAUACGUUUAAUGCCAUUCCAGGACAUUCCAGACAAAACAAUGACGUUUUCAUGGAGACAAGCGAGGCAGACCCUUCACCAGUGCACCUGAUUUUUCCAGUGUAGUCAGUCUGAAAUGUUUUGAAUAUUGUGUUUUUGCAGGGACUUUUAUCUAUUUUGGUAUUUUUGGUUGUAGGAAAAAUGCAUUUGUUGAGUGUAUAAAUGUGUAUUUGUAACUCGGAGUGGACACUUGAAAAUCCUGAAGGUUGUUUACAUUAGAACAUUAAAACACAAUUUAGCAAAAAACAAUGUCUAAAAGUUAACAGUGCCACUAAAGUCUGAACUGAACUAAAGUCAUUCAUCAUCUAUGGGCCUUUUGCUGUCAGCUGUCAUGUCAACUGUAUAUUCAUUUAAAUAUCUUUCAUGGAUUUGUAAAAUAAUAAUAAAAAAGUGUUGUUAGAUGA